AUGCUUCGCGGCCCUACACUUGGAGGCUUGGGCUCCCCUCUCGUUUGGCCCUGUCCAUAUUUGGGCACGAUCUACUCGGCCGCCCCUUCGGCCCGCAUGUACCACGCCAUUGUCCUGGGAGGCUCGCCCGAGGAGCAACUCUCUUUCGCGACGCUGCUGCCGCCGGCAGGCGGUGCGCCCGUCUUUGCGCUGCAGCUCGACGCGUCGUGCUGCGCGUGCCCCUCGGGGCUCCUCCUCCUCCACCUCUCGGCAGAAGUCGCCUCGGGCUCUGACCCGCGCGCCGUGCUCGAGCCCGCACUGGCGAGGCUCCGCGCGCUGGCGGAGAGGGGCGCGGCGUGCGGGCAGGCUCAGCGCGGCGAGGGCGAGGGCGAGAGCGAGAGCGAGGGCGAAGACGGUGGUGGCGGUGGCGGUGGCGGUGGCGGCGCCGGGGGCGGGGAGGGAGGUGAGCGGCGAGCGCCGUCGGUCUGCUGGGGCGCGUUCUUCUCGCUCCCGUUGCGCACUGCGGCGACGAGUGCGCAGGGCGGCGGCGGGCUCGGCGAGACGCCGGACAACGUGCUCCACUGCCACGAGGCGUCGCUCGAGACUACGUGCGACGAUGCUGCGCUCUUUGCGAGGGUGUGCCCGGGCGUCAGCUUCCUCCGGACCAAGGAGCAGGCCUCCGACCAGAGCGAUGGCGAGGAGGCGGCCUGA